GUACGCCUCAAAUCACGCUCGCGAGACCCGCUCGUCCAACCGUCCCUGGGACUCCUGCCUCCCUCGUCUACCCGCGUCCAGAAUGACGGGCAUGCCGCCUUGAUGUUGUCGAAAGAUCUUGGACCCUUUUGGACCCUUUUACUGGCUCCAAUCCCUUAGUCCCAACACGCUAAGCUCAAUCACCCGAGUCAAUCAAGUCUGGUUCUUGUCUUGAGACUCAUCGUCAUCAUGGAUCAGGCCCGUCAAGAAUUAGAGACGGCAUCUCAGAUUCUGUUGGCUCCUCCGAAUAUGGUGUCAGCCACUGAGCGCAGCAACGCCGAGAGUAUCUUCUUGCAGUUCAGAAAGACCAAAUCGCCCUUUCAACUCUGUAAACACAUUUUGGAAAGCAGUCAGGCCGAAUAUGUUCUUUUUGAGGCGGCCGGGCUGAUUAAGGAGGGCUUGAUCCGAGAAUGGUCAUCCUUGGGCGAGCCGGAUGUCAAAGGAUUGAGGACCUAUUUGUUGCGCUAUGUGAUUGAACAUCCCAAUUUGUCCAGUUAUGCUCGAGAACGAAUCGUCCAGGUCAUGGCCAUCAUUAUCAAACGCCAAUCGGUGGAUGAUCUGGGCGAGGAUCGGCGGAUGGUGUUGCAGGAAGUGCAGCAACUCAUCAGUAAUGGCAAUAUGCAGAUGCAGAUGAUCGGUUGUAGCAUCUUGAGUGCCAUGAUGCAGGAAUACGCUACCACGGUCAAAUCGUCGGACGUGGGAUUGGCCUGGGAGAUCCACUUCCGAGUCAAGAAGCAGUUUGAGUUGACGGAUCUGAAGUCCAUCUUUCAGUUUUGCAUUCAAGCGCUGCAAGAGUUGAGCAAUCGGGUUCAGCAGCCCAUCGAACCGGACUUGAAUAAUCUGCUUUUGAGACUCAUCUCAUUGACGGAGUCCGUGCUCAGUUGGAACUUUAUCAAUGUGCAUCUGCCUAAGAAACUCAUAUCUGUGUUUGAAUCCGACCAAAACCCCUCCCUUCGGCCCGGAAUCACGUGGAAAGACAUCAUUCUGGACCCGAGCAUCAUCCAAUUGUUCUUUAAUCUCCAUCUGAAAAUACGCUCAGAUUCCGAACUCACCCAUCACUCGUUAAACUGCCUGAUUCAGCUUUCGAGUUUGAGCGGGAGUGUGAUGACCAAAAAAGAAACCCGUCUCGAAUACCUGACCAACUACAUCAAGGAGUUCCUUACCCUUUUGCACAACUUAAAGGAGCUCGGAUCUAUCCGUCCCAUGGAGGCCUUGGGCUGCUCCAACAUGAUCCGGCGCCUGAUGCUCUUCUUUCCGCCCUGUUUAUUGAACAAUAUUGACCAGGGUGUUCUGGGGGCCUAUUUGAAACAGAUCACUGAACUGACUUGUCAUUUCAUGAAGGCGGCUACUCUCAAGGGAGCGCUGGAUGAUGAAGCCUCGAUGUACGAAGAAGCGUUUGAGCACAUGCUGGAAGCUUGGGUGUCAAUCCUCCACUACUUUCAAUCAUUUCCCCCCGAGUUCUGCCAGCAAAGCUCUGUGGAGAUAUUCAACACGUACGUUCAAUGCAAUUUGGCUGCUCCCGACGGAAUUCGUAACGCCAACGGUGAAACCGACGAUAUCAACAUCGAAGACACCGAGGAGAUCGAUCGAAAUCGUUACAAAGAGACUCUCGCCACGAUUGGUGCUCUGGGACGAGAAACUGCGGCUCACAGCAUGAACAUUCUCACCCAAUUGCUCGAGAAUCGCCUCUCUCGUCUUCACGGUCAAAUGCAACGCCUCAUCAGUCACGGCUCGACUGAUAUUGAUCGGGUCUUGGGAGACUUGUACGAGGACAUCCAUUGGAUUCUCUUGAUCGCGGGCAACGUGAUUUGCUUGGACACUGACGGCGAAGCAGCCCUUAUCCCAUCCGACAUGAUGCGGUUGAGUUUGGAGCAGGCCACUCAAGUGAACGUGGAAGUGUCUCUGCGAGUGCUGGCUUCUCCGGGUCAACCUUCGUCGGAUGUUCCCGGCUAUGAAGCCACGGAUCCCAUCAUUCGAAUGGUGGGAAACGUGUUUAAGUUGGCUGAGGUCGAGAAACGAGCCACGGAGGCUGGUUUCGGGUCCUUGACCAGCCCUGAGGUGAGUUCGAGUAUUGUGUGGUUCAUUCGCCGGUACGUGGUCACUUACUUGUCCAUCCAUGAGACAUAUUACUCGGAAAUCAGCAUGGCCUUAGUCACGGCCUUUGGCGAGAACACGGAGGGUACGGCCUGGACUAUCAACUUCUUGCUGGACAAAAUCAUCUCGAAUCUAACCAUGCUUUGUUCCGAGCCCAAGCUGGUGGAGGACACGGUAUUGCUGUUAUUGUCCUUGGUGGACGGAAAAGACAAAGGUCGACAAAUUCUCAAAAGUGAAGGUCUGUUGAAACUCAUCGAGUUAGAGACCAGUGAUAGGUUGGGGAGCAUGCCAUCGACGGCCCAACGGGGCCUUUUAAAGGCCCUAGUCUUGGUGGGCUCAGCUUGUGAAGACCACUCGUCCAAAGAACAAUACUGGAAUCGUGUUCUCGUCCCCUUGAAAGAAAAGUUUGGCCAAAUAAUUCAACGGCCCGAUUUUAAGCAAGUUUACAACGACGAAAAAAUCCGCCAGGCCAUAAUACGAUAUCUCGAAUCUUUCAUUGGUGUGGCUCAAGGAGCGCAUGUCACCACGGUUCAACAGAUAUUCGGGUUUCUUCAUCCGAUCCUCGGGAACCUGGUGGAACUCUUGGGUGUGAUGCACAAUUACCCCAAUGUGGUGGAACUCAUUUUGGAGCUCUUUUGCGUGGCGGCUCGCAAGAUCUUGUGCUAUCUCAAUGCCACUGACACGAAGAAUCUCUACCAAACUUCGGUGGAUUGUAUCCAGGUCUAUGCCAAUCAUAAUCGAGGUAAACGGAGCGUGGAACGAGAAGCUGAAGAAGAGCAAUUUCGCGACCUCCUUCUUCUCAUGGAGCUCUUGACUAAUUUGCUCUCGAAAGAUUUCAUUGAUCUGGCACCUCAUGACCCAUCUUCUCCAGAAACGGAUGUGACUGCAGCGGAUGUGUGUUUGUACGGUAUGAACAUCAUCAUGCCUUUGAUGACUUUGGAACUUUUGAAAUUCCCAUCGCUGUGUCUUCAGUACUUCAAGACGGUGACUUUGGUGUGCGAGAUCUAUCCUGAAAAGAUUAGCACGCUCAAUCCCGAUCUCCAGCAGAACCUGAUUCGUUCGCUCGAGCUCGGUCUCACCACCAUCGGGGUAGACAAUGUCUUCACCCUCUGCUGUGACUUUAUUCAAGUAUUAUGUUGUUAUCUCCUCCGGUCCAAGAAACAGGACUCAUCCAUUUUCGAGGCCCUCAGACCCUUCUUGAAGCUCUACAUGGACUUGAUUUUGUCUCAAAACAUCAACUCCGAUCUAAUUCCGCACUCGAGUAGCACCCUUUACGUCCUGAUUUGUUGUUACCAGAACACCUACCAUGAGUUGGUUCAUUUCUUGAUCAACGCGCAAGAGGAUCUACAGAACCGUGAUCGUUUAGCAGCUGCCUUCCGUGACCUGACCGAAAACAUCCCUUUUACGGCGGAGCGUAUCAACCGCAUUCGUUUCCGCGACAACUUUGACAAAUUCAUCGUACAAGUGAGAGGCUUCCUUUUGGUGAAAUAGACGUGCCACUCGUAGUUGCCAAAGCGAUGACGUGUAUGCAUUUUCGUAUGGAAUAGAUGAGGAUGAGAUUGAAAGCUU